GGAAUAUCUUCACUUCUUCUAUCCUUCCAUCACUCUCUCUAACUGAAACUAUUUUAAUUGUCUGUUGUUGUCUUGUGGAGCAUUUGUUAAAUACAAGUUUUCAGGGUAUUGUUUUAAAGGUAGAGCCCCAUUUCACAAUUCCACUAGGAAAGAAGUGUUUUAUACUGUGCUGUCUCGCUAUUCAUUUGCCGACGAAAAUAGAGAUGCAAGCAUCCUCAAGCUUCGGCAGCAGCUAGCAAAACCCAGCGAUUCAGGUUCUAUCGCAGCAAAUGUCUAAAACGGAAUGUGAGCCAUCAGUGAUUAGGUAACACUUUCACAGAAAGGCCAUCUAGCAGAAAACUAGUAGAACGGUCACACAAACACUUGGCAUGACAUCCAAUUGUUAGUUUUUUUAAUUGGGGGCCCAAGAUGCCAAGUGCGAUGCCGAGUGCAGAUAUAUUCUAGCUACAAAUGCCAUCCCCGCUGACAAUUUACUCUCCUGCAAGAAGAAUGUCAAAUGGAACACAUGUUUAACACAUUCAUGUGCACUCAGACUGCGACAGAGGCACUUAACAGUUCCACGCCCAGACAAGGUCGUGUUUGAAUGAAGUUGAGUCACACUUCCUUGAUGGCAUUUUUGUGCUAGUUAUCUUGACAUCCUGCAACUACUGCUGGCAACAACUUCAUAUAUUUACUGUUGGAUGAAAUCUGGGUUUCUAAGCACAAAUCCCAAACACAGGAUUGUGCCACGGAGGAUGGUAAGCAUUCGAUUCAGGUCAUAUUCUGUCUCAAACGCCAUCACCAUAGAAGACGAUAAAAGACACAGCCAGCUGUUUUUAAUCGCCAGCACAUAAAAUAUUUUCGAACUGUUAGACUUGGCAUUUUAAAAGCAUUGAAGAAUAGCUGGUGCUGUGACUCAAAGAAUUUCGACAUACAUCAUUUUUGUGGAGCUUAAAAAUAUAUGAUACGUGUGACGCUGGAAAAACGGACACGGAAGCCAUUGAAAAUAUAACGCUGAUCUUGAUUUUCAAUCAUUGGAAGCUUCAACAUCUAAGCUCUGAAGAAGAUGGGGUUAUGGAGUCCUUGUUCACCCUGGUAACCAGGCCAGCUUGCUGGUGGUCCUGUGCCUAGGCUUCGCGACCAACACGGUGUCCGCUGUCGUCUGGACACAGCAGCUGGGGAACCGGGCAGGGCGCCUUCUUCUUGUCCUGCCUGAGCAUCUCCGACUGCCUCUUCUGUCUGAUGGAGGCCGUUAUGAAAGGAAUGACGCUGACGGAUGUCCUGCGCAGCAGCUGCAGUCACGGUGUUGUGGAAGUGUUGGCCACCUUCUUCGCCAACACAUCCCGGCUGCUGACGGUGGCCGUGGUGGCUCAACGAUGGGUUGCCGUGGCCAGGCCGUUGUCCGUCUCCAGGUGGUGCUCGCCUCGUCGCCGGCUCGUUGUCCUGGCGGGAUUGGCGCCCCUGCCGCUUGGCUACGCGGGGUUUGAGUCCUACGGGCACUGGCUGUAUCGCACGCUCUGCCAGCAACGUUUCAACACCAGCCUCCCCGAGUACGGCCAGUAUGUCAGAAUGUGGAAGUCGGCCAUGUUGUCGUAUCUCAUCUUCCAUGCGCCGCUAAUCGCUGCCAUCUUGUUUCUGAAUGCCAUGCUGCUUUACAGCGUCUGCACUAUCAGAAAGGUACAGACAGGUAACAUUGGAGGAUCCUUGACGAGGACAUGGCCCAGCCAGCUCCAGCGGCAGUAUGACCUUGAUAGUCGCCUGUGUGUCGACCUUUACCCUCCUUGACCUUCUCCUUCUGUUCAUCCGCAAUCUGCAGGCUUCUGGCUACGUUGAUCUGGGGCUGGAUAUGGAGCAACUGUACGACCUGGACGUUGUGCAGCAUUGGGUGUACGUCUCAACGGCUCCAUCAACUUUUUCCUAUACUCCUGUUUUGGCAAAGAGUUUCGGGCUGCCCUAAGAUCAGGUGCCGGAGAGUUUUUGGUGCUGGUGAUGGAUCUGGUUCUGAUUCUGGUUUUCGCGUGCCAGCCAGCCGGGAUGCAGAGAUGGGCACAGUGGCCAACAAGAGUGGCAGCUUGGUAGUGACUACAAGUACCAAACUUGAAUCCGACAUCUGAUGGGCGUCAUGCUUGUGUUUUUGUUUUAUGGGGUAGGGUGAAGAGGGUAUGUAUUUUUGUGUUUGAAUGUGUUUAAGUGAGCGCCAGAGGUUUGCUUGCCUAAUAAAAAAAUGUGAAAAAAAUGUAAAGAAAAAUAAAGCACACACACACACACAUCUGGGCAAUGAUACUUAUGCGAGUCAGAUCAAAUACAAGAAAAUGGUUAAGAAAAGACUAAGGUGAUAAAAUAUGCACAUUAUUUGUAUGAAAGAAAACCAUGAAAGCUGAAUUUUCAAUCACACACAGAUGAAUAAAAAUGGCUUAAGUUUGUUGAUGAAGUCAACCACUUGUAUCAUGCCUUGAGCGGUCGAAACACUUAUAGUUCUAUUUCAACUCUGCACCCAACACACCCAACCAACAAUGUUUCAUGGAAGACAAAUUUUGUUUCACAUCCAGUUAAUCUAAAGCACAAAUAUCAAACAAUCAUGACAAACCUCCAACCUUGAUAAUUAUGAAAAAAUUAGUAAUAAAAUUUCUAUUUCGACUCAUUCAUGCCUAACUUUAACCACCAGACACAAGAAAACACACCCAAGUAGCAGAUCAACUCGAAGUUUUGAAAGUUCUUGUAAAUGAUCUCAAAAGGAGAUAUGGAAAGACAUGGGUAAAUGUAUAGAUUAAAUGUGAGAAAAGUACAUUGAAAAUCACAAUACGGUGAUGAGAACAAUGUACAAGUUCUAUUUUUAGUGACACAAUAGCUACAGCAGAUUCCUCUUAUUAAAUAAGUUGUGAACGAACCUCCUAUGUGAGAAAUAUUUGAUUCUUGUGCUUUAAAUACUAUUUUAUGACGAAUAACAUGUUCUAUAAAUGCUUUAUAGGGAUCAGAGUGAAUUACGACCAUUUAAUUCUGAUUCCAUAAUUAUAUUUUCUUAAUACGAGUAAAAUAUUGCUUUUAUAUAUUUGUAUUGCUUUCAUGUAGUUAUAUAUAUAUAAAGCUUACAAAAACGAGAGAUU